AUGCUCGGCCAACCCCUCCAAGAGGAAAAUAAGAGGAAAUUGUUUCAGUACCAAAAGCGCAUAUGUUCACAAGUUUACCAAAUUUUCAAGCAAACUGCUUCAACGAAAUUGAUAUUAGGAAAUCGAGAACUUGAGACCCUGGCAGAUUUUGAUGGAUUUGAAGCUUUUAUUGGUGUUGAUGACCUCAAACAACCUUCUGGGAUGUGGAAUUCCAAAGCUCCUUCCCGAGCUAGGGAACUCAAAUCCAGUUUCCAUAACUCGAUAACCUGUCCACCUCGGUAUACUGCGAACUCGGCGCGGAAUUGA